GUUUGGCAACACAGGUGGGUGUGGCCCCGCUGCCUGACAUGGCAUUAGCUCGGAUAGCAAUAGAGGAGCUGCGGCGCUAAUGUUCCUUUUUCUGCUCACAUAAACAUCUCAGCUUUCUUUUUGUCACAGCUGUGAUGCUGUGUCAGAAUGGGAAACCUUUUUGGAAAGAAGAAACAAAGUCGAGUGACAGAACAAGACAAGGCUAUCUUGCAACUGAAGCAACAGCGAGAUAAACUGAGGCAGUACCAGAAAAAGAUCAACCUGCAGCUGGAGAAGGAACGACUUCUGGCCAAGAAGCUGCUGAGAGAUGGCAAGAAAGAGAGAGCGCUCCUCCUGCUGAAGAAGAAACGUUACCAGGACCAGCUGUUGGACAAGACUGAGAAGCAGAUUAGCAACCUGGAGCGUCUGGUGCAGGACCUGGAGUUUGUCCAGAUUGAGAAGAAGGUCCUGGACGGCCUCAAAGUGGGAAAUGAAUGUCUGAAGAAAAUGCACGAGGUCAUGUCCAUUGAAGACGUGGAGCGCAUCUUGGACGAAACACAGGAUGCUGUGGACUACCAAAGGCAAAUUGACGACAUGCUGGCUGGCUCCUUGUCCCAAGAGGACGAAGACGCUGUCCUGGCCGAGCUGGAGGCCAUCACUCAGGAAGACGUGGAGCUUCCUGAUGUUCCAUCACAGCAACUUCCAGAGGUGGUGGAGGAGAAGGCAGCGAGGGUUCAUCCCAGGAAGAAGGCGGAGCUUCUGGCUGCCUGAGAGGACAUCAGGUGGACACUGUCUCACCUUCUUCACAAGCCUCAGCAGAGCAUCUUUCCCGCUCAGCAGCUGCUCUCAGCGGCGCUGGCAAGAUCACAGCUGCUGGUGCCCACUUGCUGUUGACAAGUGAAGCACGCGUAUGUACACAAAACAUUCUUAUAUUGACUCUGGAUGCAGAGACUUCAAAAUAAAAGCCCAGCAUAAGAAGGAUAUUAAACAACACUUUCUUUCAGCUGUUAAAAACCUAAAAGAGGCCUUAACGUAGAUAGUUGAGCUGGUGAGCAGCUGUCAUGCACCUUCAAUGUCCCACUCUACUAAUCCAUUGUUAUUCUUUCUAUCAUCCAAGUGAUUUUUUACAAUAAACUCCUUUGGACAUCC